CCAGUUGAUCAGUGCCAGCCGAUCGGUCGGUAGAAAGAAGCGCGUCGCGAGCCCAAAAAGAAAAUCGAAUUCGCAGAAAGAGCCAGUGUCAGUGCAUAGACUGUUGAAUAAACAACAAAAAUGAAAGCUUUCAUUAUCGCCGGAGUGUGUGUGUUGAGCGUGCUGAGCCUGGGAUCCGCUCAGUUCCAGAACGGACGCCUGGAGCCGCCGAAUCCGCAGCUCUGUGCCCAGCGAAUCAUUCACGAGAGGACUCCCGACGGCAAGGGUUACUUAUUCUCGUGGCGCGACCCUCAGCUGAAGGGCGUGGAGGAGGAUUGGCUGACGGCCAGGAACUAUUGCCGCAGGCGCUGCAUGGACUCCGUUUCUCUGGAGACCAGUCUCGAGAACGAGUGGAUCAAGCAGUACGUUGUGCGGGAAAAUGUAAAAUACAUCUGGACUAGUGGCCGCUUGUGCGACUUCAAGGGCUGCGACCGCCCUGAUCUGCAGCCCACGAACAUAAACGGCUGGUUCUGGACCGCCACACUGCAGAAACUGGCACCCACAACUGAGCGUUCCCAGGGAGAUUGGUCUCCCACCGGCGGAAUCGGUCUGCCGCAGCCUGACAACCGCGAAUAUAAGCAGAACGGCGCGAAUGAAAAUUGCCUUGCUUUACUUAAUCAAUUUUACAACGAUGGCGUUAAUUGGCACGAUGUGGCCUGUCACCAUAAGAAAUCGUUCGUCUGUGAGGAAAAUGACGCCUUGCUGAAGUACGUGCGCUACACGAAUCCCAAUCUGCGCAUCUAAGUGGAUGAGGCUAAGGAUAAAGAGGAGCGUCUCUCCAAGUAAAACCAAAAAUGAUAUUCUCUUCAAUGGCAGCGGGGAACGAUUACGAAUGGCCAAUACCUUCUGUUGACUCAUCUUAAAAGGCAAAUAGUUUUUCGGCCAAAUUGCUGCAUGAUAUCUGAUCCUUUUCCUGGUAACAACCUUUUAAUUCUCUAUUCUGUCUCAUCAGCUAGUUUAAUUUUUAAUUUUGUAUUAAUUUAUGAUUUUCUUUAAUUAUAAUAAAACAUUCGAAACGAUUUUUAAA